CGUGCAUCCUGCUCGGAGCCACAAAGACCCCACGACGCAGCCACGGCCAGUCGCUGGCCGCACAUUCACUCUCACCUCUUGAUGCCCUUCCGGCACCCCUAAGCUCGCGCCCGAGUUAUUGCUCCCCCAAGCGAUAGCUCUUCGGCCGCUCCGCAAUUUCGCCGCAUUCGUCGAAAGUGGCCGAUAUCUCCCCACGCAUCCACAGGCCUCAUGCUGAACAUCCUCUAGCCGCACCCCGAUUAUGUCCAGACGGCCGCACUUCGACAUCUAUAGGCACGCCGCGUGCUCGCGCGCGAUUCUCAUACCGUAACGCUGCCCCGAGUCAAUGGACGGUGGAUGAGGCAGCAUGGUGCUUCCAACGCUGCAGUUCGCGGCGGGGCUGCUGCUGCUGAUGUACCUGCUAUCCUUCGUGCUCUUCGCCUUCAUCCGCGUGGUGACAGGAGUGUCCAUCCAGCGCCUGGGCGUCUCCGGAUUGCGCCGCAUCGCCUUCACGCCCAAGGACGGCCUCCGCAUCGAGCUGCGCGGGCUCGGCUUCACGCUCCAUCGUCCAACCUUCGCCCAGCCGACAUGGGUCAGCGUCGUCCUCACCGAGCUCACCGUCACCGUCGACCUCAAAACACUCAGUAACAAACCGCGUAGGAAAACCGCGUGGGCGAAGUGGGCAAAUGGACACACGGUCAAGGUCACAAGCGAGAAGAGCUCGCCAGAGUUGUCGGCCGAAGACGAGGGCACUGAGGAUACAGAGAGCGAGGAGAAUCAAAGAAGCCGCACAUGGGAGAGGUUGACCAACGCAAAGGAGCGGAUUAAGCGUCUGCACCGGAAAAUCAAGUGGAUCCGGCUGGUGGACCUGGUCGCGUCAACCACGACCCUCGUCAUCGUCGAUGUUGGCUCCCUGCAGGUCGGCAGCUUCUCCAUGGCAGUGGAUACGCGGCGCAAGACGGUCGACCGCAGCCGGCUGUUCAACCACCACAAGCCGAACCCGAACAAGGAGCACCGGCCGGCCGAGUGGGUCUUCACCGUCCGGAGCAUUUUGUUCACUCCCGAGGGCAAGGAGUCGACCGAAGUGCUCGACCACUGCACUCUCAAUGUCCACGGCAUGCUAUACAAGGAGCUGGACGGGCUGCGCGACGCUUCCAUCGGACUGAAGCUGGGACGACUGAGCAUUCCCUACGACGACGUCAAGGUAUGCAUAGACCGGGCCAAGAAGUGUCGUGCGGCCUCGGCAAGGAAGGACGCAAAUCUCAGUCAGUCGGAUGUCUCGCUUCGAGACGUGAUACAAGAGUUGGACCAGCCCGGAAGCCGCGAAGAGAACAUCGUGCGCACCGUGUCCGACUCCAGGGAGUUCGCCAGCUCCAUCCUCCGCGGUAUCCAGGAAUUCCAAUUCGCCGUGAGCUUCUUCGGGCUAACUAAGCACAUUGAAACCGGCCACGAACCCGACCCUCCCGUGUACCUCAACAUGUCUAUGAAGGAGGUGGGCAUGGAUCUCUUGCGGCUUGAUCCGCGCAGUCCCGCCCAUCUCAUGUACUUUUCGCCCAACGACAUCGCCCACCAGGCUCUCCUUGCUGCCAUUUCGGUUUCCGUUGGUAUUGACGACGGGCAUGGCCAUCCUGAGCGCCUGCUGUAUAUCCCUAUGGCCACUAUGACCUUAAACACAACGCUCCCUUCCAAGACCAUUCAGUUCUCCAAAGAGAAGAAUGUUAUGGAGCGCAACACUAAUAUUCUUUUCGCUAAUCUCGUCAUUACUUCCCCUUCUCUGGACCUCGAUCCGAAGCAUCUCCCUCUUCUUCUCGCCAUGUUCCGCAACUACGAGUCGCAGCGGAAACCUCCGAAGAUGCGCGAUCGCAGCCGACGAUACUUGAUACGAAGACUCCUUCCCAAAGCGAGCAUCAAGAUAUCCAUACACGAACCUGUCAUUCGUGUAACAUUGCCUCCCAUGGAACCUGAAAAGCGAGGUACGGAGGAAUUUGACUUGCUCAUCUCGGCUUCCUCAUCUGUCUCUCUUGACCUGGAAUCGUCCCAUGCGGCCGAUGCCGAGCUCCAUUACGCACUUGUAUCGACCUUCCGGAUGAACUCCCAGCAGCUUUACUACCAAACAGCAUCCAGCGAAAAACACAACCUGCUCUUGACCGACUAUUUAGAGUUUAAAGUACAGUUGACCGCGUCGCCUAAUGUGGUAGUCAUAGUGAAUGGCAUUGCGCAGACCUUCUCCGUGUAUCUUGUCCGUCCAGAGAUCAGCGAGGGACUGCGCCAAAUCGUUGCCCAGAUUCAAAAAGACGUGCGACGGAGGCGCGGGCUACCAACGAGGAGUGGCAUCAACUUUCUGCGAAGGCUGCCUCAGUGGCUUGCGCAGGUAACCCUUCACGGCUCUGACUUCAACAUCGAGGUUGCGGGUGUUGACCCUGAGGUCUCCAAGCAUGCGCGCGGGGUCGGCUUACAUUUAGAAUCUUGGACCGCUGAAUACCGGCAGAGCAAAGGCGAGGAGAGUGAGCCGCGUCACUCGCGGAGGCGCGCCCCGAGCAGGACCAUUAAUCGGGACGAAUACUUACUCCGCCCCUCAUCUCCCUCGUCCCCGAAGUCCCCGCGGAAACAGGCCGGCGACCCCACUGACGGACGGAGGCUUGCUGUACAUUGGCAGGGCCUCGAGGGAUUUGUGCUUGAAGCUGCUGAUCAGUGGGAACAAGAUCCGUUCUUAUCCCUGCCGCGUAUGGAAGUGGCCUUUACCACGUCGACCGACAAACAGGGCCCACUCUUCCACAUCCAUUCCUUCUGCCAAAGCCUAUUCUUUCAUUAUUCCCUAUACCGUCACUUUGCUCUCGGGGUUGCGACUCUUGUCCUUAAGCGGUCGUCUAAUUGGCGCUCUGCUUCGGAAAAGGAGUCGGUGCCUCUUUCUCCCCGAACCUCCCGCCAUCUCACUGUGCCGUCCCUGGGUGGCGAGGACCUCGACCCCGAGACGGGCUUGAAGCGUGAAGCGAUCACCUUCGAUUUAAAAGCACAUUUCAUACAGAUCAAAGCUGACAUGCCAUCGGAUCCGCCUCUCAUGCUUCACGUAUACGGCCUGGAAGCCGGAAGGCAUCGAUGGGCCAGCCCAUUUCUCCGCUCACGACUCGUACGAUUAUACGCCGAAAAUCCCCACGUAAAGCGUGUUUGGAGCCGAAUUGUUACCCUGAAGUCCUUACGCAUGGAUUACAGGCAAUCCAAACGGAGGUACGGCCAUCUCGUCACAGAUGACAAGUCAUUUGACAUUGCCACGGAUGCAAUCCGUUUCGCCGUUCCCCACCAGCUGGUCAUGCACAAGAUAUUCGACAAUCUCACAAACGUGACCAAAACCAUCAGGCAGCUGCAUCAUCGAUUCCAGACUGGCAAGAACGAUUACAUUCUCGAUAAGGAACCGGAAGGUCCAAAACAUGUGCCAAAAAUCUCCCUUCGUAGCCGGGCGGUCUUGUUCGAGAUUGAGGACGGUUCUUUCGAGUGGAAGCUGGGUGUCAUCUACCGGUAUGGGCUUAUGGAGCAAAAGCAGAGGCUCGCGCGGGAGCAAGCUUUUGAGUUGAAGGUCAAGAAGCUCCGCCAAGAAGACGAAUGGCGCGGCAAUUCGCGCCAGCGCGCUCGGUCUGCCCAUGCACACCGUGGACGGAGCAAAUCUAGGAAGGCUAAAGAGCUUAAAUUUCGUAGCAAGAGCGAAGAUCGGAUCGAUUGUGGAUCUCCGGAUAGGCGUAAAUCUGAUCAUCCCAUGCGCUACGACAAGGACGGCUAUACUGGCAUGAGCGGAACAUGUCGAACAUCUGUCGACGAAGCGCGCGACAAGCUGAAUCACCUUAAUGCCCAGACGUGGAGGAAGCGAAUCGACCACGCAUUGACCUGCCAGAACCGCUCAAUGGACGACAUCCGAUCGAUAUUCUGGGGUCUGGAUGAUGCUGCGGACGAAGUUGACCACAAGGAGACCAUCAUGGCUAUUCCGAUGCGGCCCGCUCUGGUGUCAAUUAUCAUUAGCGAUCUUGAUAUCACUCUCGAUAAGCCUUCAUUCCCCCUCUCUGAGUACCCAGAGUUCCUUCAUCGCGUCGGCAAAGGGAUGCCUUUCGACAUGCAGUACUCACUGCUGAUCCCGAUGCAUGUCCAGAUCCAAAUGGGGGAAGCGAAGAUUCAACUUCGUGACUAUCCGCUGCCGCUCCUUCAUGUACCCGCGUUACGGUCAACACAAUCAUCCCGGCAGCCUAGCCUAUUCUUGACGACGGACUUCGUCAUAGCUGAGGAGUUUAGAAGCCUUGAAUCUUCCCGAGUCAGCAGAGUCGUUGUUGUACCACAAGAGCAGACAUCAUCGGGUGAGCCCACGGGCGGCUUCGCAGUGGAUGUCCGGCGCACGGUCGCCCCUGUCAAGACGUAUUCCGACAUGAAGUUCGAUAUCAACUCCGCUUAUCCGACGCGAAUCACAUGGGGCACGUCGUACCAACCAGCGAUCCAAGAUAUGAUGCAAGUCAUCGAAAAUUUCACCAAGCCUGCUGUUGAUCCUUCUGAGAGGGUCGGCUUCUGGGACAAGAUUCGACUCACUUUCCACUCUCGCAUCAAUGUGUCCUGGAAGGGUGACGGCGAUGUUCACUUGAUUUUGAAAGGCUCUCGCGAUCCAUACAUGGUCACUGGCACCGGCGCGGGCUUCGUCAUGUGCUGGCAGAAUGACGUUCAAUUGAGCAUCGCCGAAGAUAAGGACCCACGAAACUUUAUGAUUGUGAACAGUGGAAGUUACGUGCUUGCGAUUCCGGAUCUUGGGCACUAUGCACGGCAGGAGGCUGAGGUUGAAGCCACCGGUCACGCUGAGGGUUCCUUAAGCAUCGCAAGCUACAAGCAGCUGGCUAUCUUUAAGAAGACGAUAAUGAAGCUCAAUGGCAAUGUUCGUUGGGUUGCCGGGCUGGUGUUUGAGCGAAACGUCGACGAAGGCGGGCGCUCGUUCAGCUUCAUUCCUCACUAUGAUGUUGUACUGAAGAACCCGAAAUACGCCAAGCCGUCGGGCGGAAAGCAGUAUGAUGCUUUCAGAGGAUUUCGAAGUCACCACAUCCACAUGUCCGUCGCGGUUGCUGCCCCCCAUGAUCGAGAAUGGACGGUUGCGAACCUUGAGCCGUCCAAGACAUACAAUAGCGUCCAUCUUACUCCACGCUUCUUUACACACUUCUUUAACUGGUGGUCCAUGUUCUCAGGCGCCAUGUCUCUUCCAAUCCGACAGGGCGCGCUAUGGCCGGGCAUUGAGAAAUCCAGCAAGAAGUUUGGACGACAUUUGGCUACGAUCAAGUACAAUCUCCUUCUCUCCCCGCUGUACAUGAGUCACGUGUACAAACACAAGGACGCGGAAGAUUACGGACAAGGUAUCGUGUCUGCAACUGGGCUCAAGGCACGCCUCGACAGCUUUAUGCUUGAUCUCCACCAAAGGCGCGAGGAGUUCAGAACCGUCGUGCAAGCGCCGAAGAGUCAAGAAGACAGCAAGCAAAAUCAGACUACGGGAAUGCGGAUUAACCAAGUGCAGCUCGAUCUCAUCAGGACAGACAUUCGAGCCGUUUCAGCAAGCAUAGGAGGAACGGACCCUGACGACGUUAACGAUGCAUCGGGCGAGACAAUGGCAGGCUACAACCAGGAGCAUGUUGCGGCCGAUUUAUCGAAGUUCACAAUACCUGACAACGACUGGGGGUGGGUAGACAUGGACGACUUUGUGGAACUGGGUUGGAUGCUGCCGUCGGAUCGCAAUCCUGACACGCAAAUCCUGCCCCUCGCAUUCGCGCCACGCUUCACAUACUUCCGCCAAACUGACCACACAGAUAACAUAUCUGGAGAUCCACACCGUACGAGCCCCUUUGGAAACGAGGAAACUCAUCACUGCGUAAUGUCUGCUCGCAAUGAUCCGCGUCGAGUUCAAUGCCACUUAAUUGAGCAGAGACUCAAGCGAGUAAAGGAACAGCUGUCGCAGAAUCAACGCGCGAUUGGUGAACAAGAGCUGAGAAUUGUCCGGGAGCCGGAAAGCGAGGGAGAACUGCGGCGCCGGCUAGACCUACUACGAAAUCAUGCCAGCCUCCUCCAACGAAAGCAAGACUUCUUGCUCUCAAUGCACCAGAGUCUCAUCGAGAGGUUAGAGACCAACGAUCGCAGCGCGGUGCCUGAUGGCGAGACGGAAGAGGAGGAUGAGUACUUUGAGGCCCGCGAGGAGUACGACCAGAGCGAUUCUGACACUAAAGGUAUGGAGGCCGCACCCAUUGCCGACUCCAUCAGUGACUUCAACAAUCGUUUCAUCAUCCACAACGUGCACUUGAAAUGGAGCAACUCGCUGCGGAACAUUAUCCUCCGCUAUAUCCACCAGGUCAGCCAGCGUCGUGGAUUCGUAUACUACAUGUCGCGAAGAGCGGUCAAAUUCAUCCUUGACAUUGUGGAAGAGCAGAACAAGUCACGCCAAACAUCCACCACUGGCCCGGAGAAUGACCCCGCUUCACCAAUGUCGCCACAGGAAGAUGAUGAAGUCAGCAUCCAAAGCCGUGUCCAGCAGCUUCUAGACGACGGCAAGAAGUUUGUCAAGGCCGACGAUCCUGAUCACGCUGAGGGUUCCAAACCGUCUCAGAGCAAGGCCGGAGAUGAUAUUGCGGUUGACUUUCUUCCGCAGAAUACGUACAUCGUCCGCCUGAUUGCUCCUCAGAUCCAGUUGCAGAGCGAGAAGAACACCAAAGCCGCGGUACUAGUGACCGCAAAAAGCAUGCAGUUGAAGGUCAUCCAGAUCAUGGACAGAGACAGGAUCAUGGACGAAGUGUCAGGUCUAGUCCAGCGACGUUUCACUGCUGCCAUGGACAGUCUGCAAAUCUUCGUCACCAACUCCAAGACGUUCAGCCCGGAAGAUAUCCACAUGUACUCCGGCAGCACCUACGGAGCACCAGCCGGAUCUUCCUGGCCACCAUGGGUACCUUUUGAGGUUAUGUUCGAUUUCCACACGAAUCCAUACGGCUUUCAGCGAGUAGUGCAGCGGACCUCUGCCAGUAUGCGAUACGAUAAAUACAACACACUUCGUCUGAAAUACAAUGACGAUGUUUCCGGUGGCGACUCGGGUGCAACACAUGCGGAGAAUAUGGAAAGCAGGAUCGAUCAUCUAUGGGUCGACUUUCCGCACAUCCGCGCACUCUGCAACUCCCGGCAAUACUACGCCAUGUAUGUUAUCGUCCUAGAUCUGCUUCUCUACAGCGAGCCAUUAGAGAAGACACGCACCGAGCGACUUGAGAAGAUUAUGCUUGCUUCUGAUUUCAGCGAUCUCACCGGUGCACCGGACUUAGUGAUCGGCCUUCAAGAGCGCAUCCGUCAGCUGGAAGAGAUUAAGACAGUCUUUCAGGUCAACGAAAAGUACCUCGACAAGCAAGGUUGGAACGACCGCAUUGAAGUGGAGAAGGACUUGGCCGUGUAUGAGGAUGAGCUCUUUUUCGUCAUGAAAGCCAUUACUACAGCGCAGCGUAAGAACGAUGACCGUGCUCAAACGAGAGAAUCGACCGGUCUGCUGCGCUGGUAUAUCAGUGCCUCGGAGAUUGUCUGGCACUUGCUGCGUGAGGGACAAGAGUCCCUGGCCGAGUUCCAGCUCAAGAACACGCUUUACGACCGCACCGACAACAACGAUGGAUCGAACCUCAACUCUAUGGAGAUCGAACAAAUUACCGGCCUCAACCUCCUCCCCAAUGCGAUCUAUCCCAAGAUGAUCUCACCGUACUUUGAGGCUAAUCGCCCGAUGUCGCAAGGGCAGGAUACGAAGAUGCUCAAAGUCCACUGGGUCAUGCUCGAAGCGAUCGCUGGUAUCCCGGUCAUGGAUCACUUUGAGGUGAAUCUGUUCCCCCUCAAGGUGCAGCUGGAGUAUGAAAUAGGGAAGAAGCUCUUUGAAUACAUCUUCCCAGGCAUCAAGGACAGCUCGGCAGAGAACGGCGGCUUCUCGCCUUUCUUAGUCAAGCAUAUACUCCCUGCGCAAGAUGACGAUGACGCAGACGACGCUGCCAGUGCCGCAUCGGGUAGCAACUCCAACAUGAGUGCGUCGCUACCCUCACUACCGGAGGACGGAGAAGCCGAGGCGCUCAGGCUUCGUCUCACACCUACGUUGCAUUUGCCCGACCCGCAGAACAAGCCGGAGCGGCAGCACAGAAGCCGAUCCGAGAGGCGACCAAAUGUGCAUCACUUCCGCCUGUUCCGCGACAACCCCUCGCGCACUGGCAGCGAGUUCCGGCGAUCACUUCAUCCCAGCUCAGCCUCGGCAACGCCAGAAGCCUCGACCCCGAACCCGUCGCGCCCAAGCUCGUUCCGGUCGGGCUCCAACAUGUCUAUCUCUACCGUCGAAUCGGACCGAACCACUAAACGCUUUGCCCUCUACAGAACCGGCACCAAUGACAAGAAAGCCUCCGCCAACAAGAAAGCUCGCAGCGACGACCUCACUCAGAUGAUGACGCGUGCCUCAAACUACAUGACGCUCGCCUAUGUCCGCAUCCCCAGCAUGAUUCUCUGCCUCUCUUACAAGGGGCGGGGCCAGCGCAACUUCGAAGACGUGCAUGAUCUCGUGUUUAAAAUGCCUACACUCGAGUACCGCAACAAGACGUGGUCGAACCUGGACCUUGCCCUCCAAUUGAAGAAGGAUGUCAUCCGCGCGCUCAUCUCACACGCUGGCGCUAUCGUCGGCAACAAGUUCAGCCACCAUCGCCCGAGCAAGCAUACUCAAUCUCGCCUCCGCCAGAUUGCAAAUUCGAGUUCGAUACUGACCACCUCUCCCGACCUCUCCGGCACUGACUCAAACUCCGCCCGCGAUCACUCACCACACUCGUCCGACGCCUCUGGCGAAAUGGUACCACGCCGCUCCUUCGCCUCGGGCCGCGCAGGCAGCACUUUCUCCACGCUCAGCGAGGAGUCUAGCCUGCACUCCAACCGCACGGGCCGGCCUGCCACCGAGUCCGGCAGCGGGAGUAUCAUGACCGGCAGCUGGAGAGACACAGGGCUAGGCAUUGAGAUCGAGGAUGGGCGCGCGUUUGCCGAUGAGCUUUCGAGAGUUGACCAGACGGAGCCGGAGCAUGCGAGUAUGCUGGGGAACCUGAGUAGGCACCUCACGCAGGUUACGCCGUUUGUAUCGCAUCGGAUGAGGGAGCGCGCGGCUAGUGGCAGCGGUAGUGCAACGGGGAGUGUGGUGGGCGAGGAUAGCGAGGAUACGACGAAAAGAAAGUCGAAGUUACUCCUCGGCAAAUUCCGUAGCCGAGGAUGAGUGCGCUUUUGUGAUGCUUUGCGAGAGGGCAAUUUCCUUGUGUUGGCGUGCUGCAUUGAUGCAUUUGUCGGCGUUAAUACCUAUAUCGCUCUGGGUUGAGUUUGUACUGUAGUUGGAUCCAUGCGGCGUUCUGUGGGUGGUUGCGCUGGGGAUAGACGCGGCUCACAUCAGCCAGCCGUGGCAUUGAAGGCUUUCAUUGCUAGUAGAAUAAUGCUUGUAUAAUCCCACCCUGAUAUGGCCUUGUUGGGUGAC